AUGAUAAGACUGGAAGAUCUCAUCCACGCUUAUCCAUUGAUCCCUGAGAAUAGAAACAUUUGCCUCACUCCUCCACCCUCUUCCAACAGCGUGCUCUCAGCUCAGGAAUUUACCAAAGAGGAGCUGAAGCUGGCAGCAGCCCAGAAAUCCCAGCAGCUGGCAGCACUGCAUGAAGAAAACGGCAAACUUGCAAGCGAGCUGGACAGAAGCAAGGACGAAGUCACCAGUCAUCAGAAGCUCGAAGAGGAGCGAUCUGCACUCAAUAAUCAGCUGCUAGAAAUGAAAAAAAGAGAAUCUUUAUUAAAGAAAGAGUUUGAUGAAGACAAAAAGUCCUUGCAGAAAUCCAUCACUACUACUAGUGCCUUGAUCGCAGAUAGAGACAAAGAACUCGAGAAACUCAGGAACGAGAUCACAGUGCUACGAAAUGAAAAUGCCAUGGCAAAACAAUUGCAGUCAGUAGUCCAAUCAUUGGAAUCUGAUAAAUCAAAACUAGAACAAAAGGUACAGAAUUUGGAGAAGAAAAUCAAUGAUAGCAAGAGGCAGCUUGACAAUGUUACAUCUUCAGGUGAACCAGUCAUUGAAAAACAAAGCGAAGGAAAUGAUUCAGCUGAGAGCCAGCAAAUGAUUGAUUUCCUGAACUCUGUAAUAGUGGAUUUACAAAGGAAGAAUGAAGAACUGAAGGCGAAGCUAGCACAGAUUGCUGAAGCGUCCCUUAAUGGCAAUGAUGCUACUGAUGAAAACAAUUUUGGCAGCUUAGAUGAGACACAAACAAAGAAAAAACCACCACCUCGUCUCUUCUGUGAUAUCUGCGAUUGCUUUGACCUCCAUGAUACAGAGGAUUGUCCCACACAAGCACAGAUGUCUGAAUUUCCACAACAUACUACUUACCACGGCAAUAGAAAUGAUGAGCGACCCUAUUGUGACAUCUGUGAGGUUUUUGGGCACUGGACAAACAACUGUAAUGAUGAUGAAACCUUCUAAUGCAAUACCAGAAUACAGACAUGGUCUGCAUAAUUUGUGUAAUUCUGCAGUUUUUUAUGCUCUUUUCUGCUUAACCAUUUUUCUCUUGUCAUUACUCUGUACUGCACAUUCAUAUAACUACAUUUAUUACGGUUUCAGUAUCAAAUAACUUGAAAAAUUAACUUAUACCGAACAAUUAUUACAUUUGGUUUAAGAUUCACUGUAUUAAAACCUUGUAGUAUUUGAAACUAUCUGCUUCUGAAUGUCAGACUUUAUGUAUAAAGAGAGUGUGGAAAUUAUAUUGUUUUACAUAUUAUAUGUAAAAUAUGUGGGAAAUUAGGCUUAUAAACAUGUACAUACCUUGAUUUAUUUUGUCCAACAGUAACUUACUCAGAAAUCAGCAUAAGGAUAUGUUGAAUAUUUUUCUUUAUUUCUAAGUUUGGGUUUUGAAAUUAAUGUAUAGUAUUACAAUUGUUGCAGGGAGAAAGCAUAUGUAAGGACAGUAUUAAUCCAACAGUGUGUCAAGUUUAAUAAAUUAUUAUCUUUGUUUUGAUUGCCUUCA